AUGAAGGGCCUCUAUGGGGCACUCAAGAAAGCUGAGGUUACCACGGUUCGCCCAUACCGGGACCUCCCUCUUGAGCUACGCCACCAUGAGAGAAGACUCGAUUGGCAAAGGCUUUGGGAGCCUUCCUCCAACCACCGAGCCUUGGAGGACCCGAUCUUCUCUCGUCUUUUGGAGCUUGCUGUGGAACAGCACCAUGCGCUCGGCCCGGUCUCCGCUGAGGAGCUCACCAAGGUGCUGAAGAAGCUCUCCACGAAGGCCCCGGGAUUGGACGGUCUUACCGCACCCAUGCUUAAGCGAGCCUCGGUCCUCACCACUGGAGUCACCAUGCUCCCAAAGAAACCUGAGCGGGAGCGGCCGAUUGGCCUUACCUCUUACGGCUAUCGCAUUUGGGCUCGCUCCAGAUGGCCGGUGUACGAGAAAUGGGCCCGGGCCUAUGCGGCCACGGCCCCAUGGGACGGUGCAAGACAAGGUGCAUCCUCACUGGAUAUAGCCUUGGCAAGGCUUAUCAGAAGUGAGGUAAACCAUUUCCACAAAACGAAGGGCAUCACGCUUCUGCUUGACCUUCGCGAGUUCUACGAACACGUAGACCUUGUGGGACUUACGCACUCUGCGAUGGAGCACGACUUUCCUCCAAUUGUGCUCCAUCAUUGCAUCCAGCUGUACACCCACUCCAGGUACAUCUGCACCGAAGGAGUCCUGGCAUCCCCGGUCAGGCCGACUCGAGGGGUGAUCGCGGGCUGCCCUUUUGCUCCGGGUCUUUCGAAGCUUGUUCUCCACCCCGUGAUGAACGUGCUUCACCAUUGCCCCAGCCUACACAACUGUGACUUGUACAUCGACGACUCAAGUUUCGAUGUGGAGGACGCAUCGGUCACCACCGUCGUCCAUAAAGCAUUGGAGGUCUGGAGGCUGGUCAAGCAGCAGCUUACCCAGCGCAAGCUCCCCAUCUCCAUCGCCAAAUCGGCUUGGGUUUGUUCCAGCCGGGAGGUUGAGAAAAAGCUUUCCGCCCACCUCGGGGAAGCCGACCCUCAAAUCCAGUCCUGCUGGAGGGACCUUGGUGUUGACUCGGCUGGGGGCAAACGCAGGAGGGUGACCAUUCACAAGCAGCGUUUCCGGAAAGCAGGCUGCCGCUCUCAGAAGCUCACCCAGCUCCGUGCUAAGGACGCUGCGCGCAAGAAGGCUGCCAAGGCCGGGGUUGAGGCAGCAGCAGCGUAUGGUCAUCAGGCUGUGGGUCUGGCGCCCAAGCAACUGAAAUUUCUUCGUCAGCUCACAGCGCAGCACAAUGGAAGGCUCACCAAUGGAGCCACGGAGGUUGUGCUCGACCUUCUUUGCACCACUAAGCCUGAUCCCUCUGGGCGGUUGGUGGAGCAACACUUUAGAAGCUUCGUUGCCAUGACAGGCAACUGGCCCCAGGCCCUCAAACCUGCUCUGGAAAACGCCUUUGAGGUCAUGUCCCAGCGUGUUGCCUCACACAAAGAGCCUUGGAGGAUUGCAGCCGGGCCAAUGGGAGCCACGCUGUGCUACUUAAAGGAGCUUGGGUGGCAACCCAGCUCUCUUCUCCGUUGGGAGAUCCACUCCCAGCACUACGACUUGGAGGACCCGCUGCAAUUGGAAGGCAUGUUACGCCUGCUGAGGACAUUCUGGGCCAACAAAAGGCUCCAAGCAAUCUGCCAACUUGAAGGCGGCGCCUCCUUAGCAACCGGGGUUGACUGGACCAUUGGCAAAAGACUGCUUCGCAAACUCCCGCCGCUGCAGAAAAAGAGCCUCCAAGCGGUCUGGCAAGGAAUCUUGGCCGCACCUCGCUGGACUUGGUUCAACCAGUCCGAGCACAAGCAGAGCGACUCCAUCUCCAUUGGAUCCGUAGUCACAAAUCCCUGGAGUGCUGUGGAUAAGCUAGCUGGUGACCAUGCCAAUCGCUCCCGCGACAGGCUCUGGGAAAGCCAGCUUGAAGCCAGAGACGCCGACGCCAGUGCCGUCCUCAGUUUUUUGGCGGCACGUGCUGCAGCCCUCUUCGAGUACGACCAGGAUCAAGGCCCUCAGAUCCAAUUCGAGGGUGAGGCCAGCUCCCAAAACCAAAAGGGCAGAGCGUCUGGGUUCAAGAGGAAAGGCAAAGUCAUCCGACCCGAGCCGGCCAAAACCGAACGCCAGGCUGGGAAGCCCAACAAAAGGGACCUCCUGCGGGAAGCAGUCCUCAAGCCCCAGCUCGGGCACACCUGGAAGUGGACCUCUGAGCACCAAAGUGGGGCCCGCAUCAGCUGUACCACGUGCAAGCUGGGCGCUCAGCAGAUUUCUCCUGAGAAGCAACUUCGGAGAACACUGGCCCAGCCCUGCAUCGGUCACUGCUCCCAGGAACUCUUUCUCAGUUUCUGGCAGUGCCACCCGACCCACCACAUGGUUUUUGAAAGGCCAGAUCGUCGUCAGCCCCCGCCCCUUCGAGGGCAGUGGUGGCUGAGGGCACGGGACUUCGUGAUCCUCCCGCCCUUGACGCCGAGGUCGAAGAGCUCGAGGGAGUACUCCCAGCGGCGGGCGGGAAAGAAGCAACGGGCAGCUGGCCAGUACUACAGGUGGUCGCGACCCCUGCCAGCUGAGCCAGCCCAGCACCACGAUACCCCGCCCCCACCACCAGUCCCGGGCCGCGGCGGGCGAAAGGAGGCAGAUGAUGAAAGUGCUGCCUCUUACUCCUACUACUCUUCUUCCCGCUCCAGAUCGCCCCGAGGCAGGAACAAGGAACAGGGAAGGGGCAAGGCCAAGCCUGUUCAGGCCCCGGCCCGGUCAAGUGGCAAAAUGGCUGUUAAGUCAAAGGCCAAGCCCCCUCCUGAGGCUGAGGUGGCUUCGGGCUCCCUUGAGGCCCCGGGCCCUUCAGCCCCCUCCAGCUCCCAGGCAGGGGUUCCCCCGCCUGAGGAAAAGAGGGCACCUACAGCCAAGGAAAAGGACUCCCCGGCCUCUGCUGAAGGCGAUCAAGAAUCCCCGGCAGGGUCUGUGGCUGCUAAGGAAGAGUCUUCGGACUCCUGCUAUGAGCCCAUCCGGCUGCGCCCUGCUCCUCUCUCCAGUCCUUUGAGGAGGGCGCUACCAGUGCCGGAUUUGGGCAUGCAGUUCACCAUCCAACUGAAGGAUGCCUCCAAGGAGGCGUGCUCAGGGCGCUACCUGCACGCUGCGUCUUUGGUGUACUUCGCACACCAGGACCGCCAGGGAGCGGAGCCAGGCUCCCCGCAGAAGGUUGCCACGGCCCUGGAAGUGCUUGGCUUAGGGGGUUCACGAGUGGUCUUCCGCUCGCCUUCCAACCCGGCCAAGUGCUGGAAGCUCUCCAAAAGGUCGCAGGAGGCAGAGCGUGACUUGUUCAAAGUCACCGGCCCCUGGACCCCGCGGCACACCAGGGCUUUGGGUGUGCACCGUGUUGUCGAGGAGGGCAAGGGCGGCACCUCUUUCUUCGCGUCCCUUCUGGAGACGGAACUCGUGGAUCCUCUCCCCAUGGUCAAUCCGCCGCUGAUUUUCCAGAUCAGCCUGACGGUGUGCCAAGCAGCGAAGUUUGCCAACAUCCGCGACUUAGGGCGGAAAAAUAUGGGCAGCAGGUCCAUGCCACAGGGCAUGGGGGACCCGCCCAGGUAUGAGGUCCUGCUGCUCGACGCCAAUGACUGGGAGGAGUAUGGUUCCCAAACCACCCCCCAUUGGCCUAACAAGCGCAGAGCCCAGGGAUUCUGGUCCACGGUGGGCUCCUUCGCGCCGGAUCUCCUGGAUCCUUUGUUCGCUCUGGUGAAGCAAAACCAGGCCGAUCUCCAGGCCCUGACCCAGGGUAUCUACAACCUGAUGGGGAGGACCCUGAACAAGGGAGAAAUGGAUGACGUCCUGGAGGCACUGGUGUCGACGCAAGCACUAGGGAUCUCGCCGGAGGGUCACAUCUGCCAGUACGUGCUGAAGCAGGGUGGCCCUCACCCGCUUGUCCCAGGCCAGACGUGGGAGCUCCACCCGCUGGAAACUUUCCAGUUUCCAGCAGGGAAAGCUCCGAAAGGCCAGGACCUAAACCAGGGCUAG